AAAAACCUCACUACCAACAAACCCCAACUCUUCGUUCCUUCUCUCUUCCUUCAAACCCUCGUCAAUGGCGAUGGUGGCGGCUACGACGGCGGCGGCAGCGGCGAAACCAUUCCUCUCUCCGGUGAGAUCCCAGUCCUCAUACCUCCCCUUCCUCUCUCUCUCCUACACCCUCAAGUCUUCAUCCCACUGCUCCACUUUCCCCAUCCUCCGAUCCUCUAUCCGUCCCCAGCCCAAUUCCAAACCCUUCGCCAUAUCCGCCUCCUCUUCGACCUCGACCUCCAUCACCACCUUCCACGGCCCCUGCUUCGUCGUCGGCGACAACAUCGACACCGACCAGAUCAUCCCCGCCGAGCACCUCACCCUCGUGCCCUCCAAACCCGAUGAGUACCGCAAGCUCGGAACCCUAGCCCUAAUCGGGCUCCCUUCCUCCCUCUACCCCACCCCCUUCGUCCCCCCUGACUCCCCUUCCACCCACUACCCCAUCAUCAUCGCCGGCGCCAACUUCGGCUGCGGCUCCUCCCGCGAGCACGCCCCCGUUGCUCUCGGCGCCGCCGGAGCCCACGCCGUUGUUGCAGAGUCCUACGCGCGGAUUUUCUUCCGUAAUUCCGUUGCCACCGGCGAGAUCUACCCGCUGGAGACGGAGACCGUGGGGUUGUAUCGUGAGUGCACCACCGGCGACGUGGUCACCGUGGAUCUCGCCGGCAGCCGGUUGAUCAAUCACACCACCGGAAAGGAGUACAAGCUGAAGCCGAUCGGCGAUGCAGGGCCCGUCAUCGAGGCUGGAGGGAUCUUCGCGUACGUGAGGAAAACGGGCAUGAUUGCUUCAUCUCCAUCAUCCGCAUAAAAUUUGAAGGUUCUUUGCAGUCCUAACAUUGCACAACAGUGAACAUAGAGGAGACUGGUUUCCUCUGACUAUUGUUACUUUGGAUUUACUAUCAAUCAAAAUGAACUAGUGUUGCUAGUUAUGUAUGAACUAGAUGAAGCUCUUAUUAUUUGUCUGAUAUGUGGCUGGAAGGAUUUAUUUGUGAUAAAAUUGUUAAUUGUUGAAAUUAUGGUGGUUUAUUAAAAGCGCCUUGAGGUGAAUUUAUUGAGAAAA